CCUGGCAGUCCCCGAGCGCAGAUCAUGACGUCCCGCGAGUCUUUUCCACUCAUAAAAGAAUCAAAGUGCUUCCAGAGACCCGUUCGUCCCCGACUCCUACAGCGAUUUCCCCAGGCCCAGCCAGCUAGAACCCGUCGCGAAAAUGCCUGCAGAUCAGGAUGUGUACCGCAAGGUCGGUCGAGGAGGAGCUGGCAACUACUACGCCCCUCCCACCGAUGGCAAUGACUCAAAAGAUCUCGAAGCUCAAGCCCUGGGCACCUCAGUCGCUCCCACGCCCGACCGCUCCAACGCCCAGGUCCCCACGCGCGCCGGCCGAGGCGGCGCCGGCAACUACGUCGACCCGGCCAACAUGCCCGACGCGCGCGAGCAGGAGGAGAUGGCCAAGAAGACGGCCGCCGCCGUCAACGCCAGCCUCAAGCGGCACAGCCAGGCCCACGGCGGACAGUCGGGCCGCGGCGGCGCUGGCAACUGGAAGACGGACGAGGACGAGGAGCGCAAGAAGCUCGCCGACGAGGAGAGCGCCCUCGGCGUCCAGCUGGAGAAGCAGGUCAAGGAGGCCGUCGACAAGGGCCUGAAGAUGCCCGACAAGGUGCACCACCACGUCGUCUAAGAGGGCAUCGGAUCGCGAUCGAUGGGAGAGGUGGUGUAAGACACUCAUGCGAGCAUGUGUGGAAUUGAGUGCUUUUGAGAAGAUAGAAAUGAUACCCAUCGAGCAAAGAUUCGCCUCUCAGCUCAGGCUUGAACUACCAAGCGUCGGGCACACUGUCCUGCUCUGUCAUGAAAAUUAAAAUACCUGUCAGUCAAUUACUCUGUGAUUCUC